UGUGGGCGGGGUUUGAGAUCCAGCAGUAUUUGCCCGGACACCGGCUAAACUCAGCUGUCAUCUGCCUGGAUAUUAAAGAUGGCAGGAAAUAAGUCUUACACUAUAGUAGAAUAUUUCGGCGGGGAUGACGGCUACCGCUGUGGUUACUGUAAAAAUGAAAAGGGGAACUUUUCUCAUGGGAUGUGGUCUCACACCAUGACUGUACAGGACUACCAAGACCUCAUAGACCGAGGUUGGAGAAGAAGUGGGAAAUAUGUCUAUAAGCCUAUAAUGAACAAGACAUGCUGUCCACAGUAUACGAUCAGAUGUCAUGCACUGAAAUUCCAGCCUUCCAAAUCCCACAAGAAAAUCCUGAAGAAGAUGAGCAAAUUCAUUUCCAAAGGGGAAUUACCAAAAGGACCGGGUGAUGGUGAGGGAGAGCCAAUGGACUCGGUGUGUGAAGAAGCAGGUCCGCGUGAGCCUAGUAAAGUCUGUCACUCAGAGGUGAAGUGUGCUUCUAUCACAGACAUUCUGAAGGAAGUAGUAGAGUCUCCUGCUAUCACAGAAGAUCAGAAGGAGGUAGCGGAUGUUGCACCUGCCAGCUCGGAAACAUCAAGACCGGAUCCAGUGUCUGUCCUGGAUGGGAGAACGACAGCCACGGCUCCUAAACCAGGGUUGGGAGCUGAUGCUAGCCGGCCCCCAUGUCGGAAGGCCAAAGACUUAAGGAAGGAGCGGCGUCUUCAGAAAGAGCAGAUGAAACAGGGUGCCGAUGGGGUCUCUUCCAUUGUCUCUCCUACCCCACCCACCCCCACCCAGGACAACCAACCCAAACCUCUGGAAGAUUUCAUCAAUGAGUCAUUGCCUGACAAUUCUUCUCAUUGCCUUGAGGUGAGGCUAGUGCCGGUCAACUUUGAGGACCCUCAAUUCACAGCGUCCUAUCAGCAGUCGGUGGCGCUGUAUGCCCGCUACCAGAUGGCCAUUCAUGGUGAUGACCCCAGCGCAUGUAGUGAGAGUGAGUUCCGGAGAUUUCUCUGCGAUUCACCACUAGAGGCUGAAUUUUCUCCAGAUGGGCCCGACGUGGGCUACGGCUCCUUCCACCAGCAAUACUGGCUGGACGGGCGCAUCGUGGCGGUGGGGGUGAUCGACAUCCUGCCUACCUGUGUGUCCUCUGUCUACCUGUACUACCACCCAGACUUUGCCUCACUGUCUCUGGGCUCCUACUCUGCUCUCAGGGAGAUCGCUUUCACCAGGCAGCUGCAGAAACAAUCCCCCAAGCUAUCCUACUACUACCUGGGCUUUUACAUUCACUCCUGUCCAAAGAUGCGGUAUAAGGGGCAGUACCGGCCUUCAGACCUCGUGUGCCCAGAAACCUUUGUCUGGGUACCAAUAGAGCGAUGCCUACCCCAGCUGGAGAACUCCCGCUAUGCUCGUUUCAACCAGGAUCCUGAUGCAGGAGAUGCUCGGGUGCUGAAGGACGUGGGCAGAGUUAUGGUGCUAUACAGACGGACCGUCAUGCCCUACGCGGCCUACACCCGCAAACGCAAAGGCUCCAACGACGAGACGGAGGUGCAACAGUACGCCGGCUUGGUUGGACAGGACUGUGCUGAAAGGAUCUUGUUGUACCGCGCCUAAACACACAGCAGCACACCACUGCACCUUUUUAAUAUACGUAAAUACACACUUCCCAGCAAUGUCUGUCUGUUUCUGUUUCUGUGUGUCUGUGUGUCUCCUCAGUGUCUAUGAAAGCGCUUUCUGCUGCCUCUCCCAGUAGUGUCACCAUGCUUGGCUUUAAACCGGCUGGAACAAUGCAGUAGCCACCCACUAUCUUCUGUAUGUAUGUCACCCAUUGGCCUCAUUCAUCAGUUAUGUCUCAUUCACAUUUAUUUUAUGAGUUGAAUUUCAUUCAUCAAUAAAUCUUGCAGCAUCCAUUCUCAGUUUAAUUCCUAUACAUCUUUUAGUUUGAUUAUCUCCAUACCGGGACCAGUCCCUUGAAUGUUAUUUUGAUAUAUCAUAUAGUCAUCGCUUUGAUUUUUUGCUCUAUCCUCAAUCACAAAUGCUAAAAUAAUGAUAUUGUAAAAGAGCCACACACAGGCGACAGCUUUCUUAUGAACUGACACAGGUUUAGACUCAGCAUUGCCACUUGAAGAGCAUGUUCCUCUAUGAAUGUUCAGUGAUUUUGAAAGUGAUUUUGAAGGUGGUUUUUCAGUUGCUUACAUUAUAUCCCAAAACAUAAAACUGAGUCAUCUGACACCACAACAUUAAGAUUUUUAUCACUGGGUUAAUGUGAAGCAAAUAAUUCAUUGUUUUCAAUGUUUUAUGUUAUAAAUGUUAUGUUCAUAGCUUCCUUUUUCCUUUUCUUUUAAAAUUCACACUUAUUAUUUUUGCUUAAACUGAAUAAAAGGGUUGUAUAUUCCCUG